AUGGGAGGUCAUGAGCCAAAUGUUUUACACUCAAAGUCUCAUCCACUUUGGCACUUCAGUUUCCUUAAAGAGAUGUUAGAUCCUCUACAGUAUUUAAGGAAAAGCCUUCGUCUCUUUCAAGGCACUUUUGAGGGUGUCUGUAAGGAUGGCAGAAGUCUUUCAAAUAAUUGGGCGACCUCAAGCUACGGUGUUUAUUAUGAUGCAACAAGGACUACCUUCCGUCAGCGACGAAUAGCUGCUCUACUUCAACGUCAGGAACAAUUAAAGGCGGAGCUGACCGAUGCAAAACUCCGCCUCCUUGCAGAUCCUGGAUCUUGGAGCUUCGACUUAAAUGUAGCAGAACACAUGAACCCCAAUGAUGAAGGCUACCUCGAAGCUCUAACUGAUGAGACGGAGUUACUUCAACAACGCGUGGACGCAUGCCGAUCCCACGCACAAUAUUUGGCAUUUUUCCAACCCCCUACUGUCCCUCUAUCUCCAGCACCACCACCACCACCACCACCACCACCGUCAACUGGAUUUCACGAAUCUCCGAAGUGA